AUGCAGUAUACCCCAGUUCCGGUCUAUGUUCAAACCUCUCAUCAACCCCCUCCUAACUUUCUUGCCCGGCCACGGCCCCGAUUUUGCAUACUGCGUCCCGGAGGCUUCUGGACACCCCUGAUCCCACUUGACGAGUUGCCUUCUUGGUUGGAGAUUUGCAACUGGGCCACUGACUUGUAUAUGGGAAUGUACCCGGCGUCAAUGACGUUCAUACCACGAGAAGGCGAAUACGACGUUGUCUGUCAUCACUGCUCGCACGGUGUGGACUCAUUGCACCAGAGUAUCUCAGAACGAGAAGCUUCUUCUGUGGCCGCCAGUAAUGCUGCCUCAACUAAAGAUUGCCCUGAACAACACGUCUCGCCAAACGCCCAGCACAAUGAUGCUGUUUCCUUGCCUACGGUGCUCCAUCAUAGCCCCCUAAACCACGCUAACCACUUCUUGGAGCAGCCUCCCUUCAGUUAUCUGAAUGUUGCUCAAGACCCUGCUGAGCCGAAACGACGUAUGAGCAUCGAGAACUCGAUUCCUCCUCAGAUCUUUGGUGCAGUCGGCGUUGGAAGCCCCCCUCUUUCAGUGGCCAACUCAGCGAACGCUCGCAGGCCCGAGUCCCCUUAUCCACAUGCACAUGAUGCUGGAUCGUUCGCCAAGCCCCAACGCGUUGCAUCGCUGCAAAACGAAAGCGUUGUGUCAAUGCAAAGUGGCAGCGUUGCGUCCACUCGAUCUCUCACAGUUGCUGCUAUCGAGCAAAUGAAGAGGAUGCGAAGAAGAAGGGUCUCCCGUGGAAGCAGUUUGCAUGCAAGCAUCAGUGUCGCAGAAGCAAAAAGCCUGUCUCAGGUCUCAGGCUCAAAGAUCUCAAAGGUCUCGCAGGUCUCAAAGGUUUCAAAGAAUUCCAAGCUUUCCAAGAUCUCCUCCAUCCGUGUUAUCUCAAAGCAUCGUCGAAAGGUUAUACUGCGUCGUCGACGCGCGGAAGAAAGGAAGGCCCAAAGAGCAGCACAGUCAGCGAUCUUAAUCGAGGCGCUGAAGCUGAAGCCAGAGCAACCGAAUUCGGCUACCAAGAGACGCGAUCGACGCGAGCGCAUGAUGCAACGCAGAAAGCAAUCUGAUCGUGGCAAGCAACAGUAUUGCAACAUGAUGCGGAUGCCCCACUGGAGCCCGGGUAUGUGCAAGCACUGA